UCUUGUUUUGAUCGUCAUUAAAACAACAAGAAACAUACAACAUUAAAAAUGAAAAUUGUUGCAUUGUUCAUUGUAAUGAUCAUUACAUUGAACAUUGAUUCGAAUAUCGAUUGUUAUGCUUUAUCGGUAUCAUCGAAUGUCAGCCAAAAUCAUGAUGAAAAAUCGAUCGAAAAGAAAGUUAUUUCGAAUAUGUCAAUCAUAGAUGACAUGAUGAAAACAGUAACAAAAUCGAACCUUCUGAAAUCGGAAUAUCAAAAACCAUCGAUAUUGAUCAAUGAUUCUAAUCGAAAAUUGUUUACAAAUCAUUAUAAUCAUUCAUCAAAUGAAACAUUUGAAGAUGAAUAUGAUUAUAUUGGAAUCGGUAAUCUAACUAUACCUGAAGAAUUUCUUUCACCCAAAUCAAAAGGGUUUUGGGGUUGGAUCAAAAAAACAUGGAAUCGACUAACCGGUAAAGAUAAAAAAGUUGUAACAACAACAACAACAACAACGCAAAAGCCGACAACGACAACAACAACAAUGAAAAAACCGACAACAACAACGGAAAAGCCGACAACAACAUCGAAACGAUUCAAUAUUCAAAAGUAUAUAAAAAUUACCAAAGGAAAUUUUGGCCAAAUCAAUAACACAAUCGAUAUAAAAGUAAUAAAAAAAAAAUAAUUAAUGAUUAAUACAUUAUUAUUAUCAUGAUGAUGUUAA